GUAUCUCGCAUCGUUGCCAUCACCAGGACUGCACUUGUGGGCUCCCGCUAUGAGCCUUUGAACGCGGACGAGUGUAUUCUGACCCUGCGCUUUGUUCCGAAUCAAGGAUCACACUGCUUUGGCCCUCUUCUUUUGUUCUACCUUUCGUUUAUAAGGCCCUGACUACAGCUUGAAACCACAAUUUCACCUCCCAUUGCAUCACUUCCUUCUGCUCCAAAUGUCCGCCGCCAAAGCCAGCCAUACUAUGGCUUUCUCUGACUCUCCCGACGCGCGCUCCAAAUCUAUAACAACCGCAGAAAUUGACACUCAUGGUGUCCUGAAUCGGCACGCAGAGAAGAACGCCGCAUAUCAGGUGGGGAUCUCCGAGGACAAGGGUUCCCGCCGGACUAUGGAGGAUGCUCACUCGUUCAUCGUCGACUUCGCCGGUGUGCGCGGCCAGGGUUUCUUCGCCGUUUUUGACGGUCACGCCGGGAAACAUGCUGCGGAAUGGUGUGGGACCUUCUUCCAUCAGUGUCUGUUGUCGGUUAUGACGCGAAUGAACGGGUUCUCCAUCCCGGAGAUUAUGAACCAAGCUUUCCAUGACGUCGACGAGUGCAUCUCACGAAUGUGCGAGGAGUCCCAGGGAAAGAUCCACUCUGGCUGCACCGUAGUCACGGCCUUCCUUCGCAUUGAGGACGAAAAUGGGCAGCAGUCUUUCCUCCCAGCGUCCCGCGACUCGGAUGACGUGUCGAACAUGAGUAGCAGCGAGAGCGUCGGCGGUCCGUCCGGCGAUGAGGCCGCCGCCAAGAAAAAGGCGCGGCAUUCGCUUACUGGCAGCAAAAUCCGGAAGGCGUUCAAGAGCCUGGGUGGCUCGCCCUCUCACAAAGCUAACAAAUCGCCGAACGUUUCCUCCCCAAGCACACCGCGUUCACAGUCCCCAGUCCCGAUGUCCGGAUCUGCGGAAGGUGCCACCGUUGUCAUCCCUCCAUCGGCAGCACGACGUGUGCUGUAUACGGCAAACGCCGGCGAUGCUCGAGGUGUCCUAUGCAGAGGCGGCAAAGCUAUCCGGCUGACGUACGAUCACAAAGGUUCGGACAAGCAGGAAGCGAAGCGUAUCAUGGACGCCGGUGGAUUUGUCAUGAGCGGCCGCGUCAACGGGGUUCUGGCCGUGACCCGAAGUCUGGGGGACUCAUCCAUGAAAGAGUUUGUUGUCGGAGCGCCAUACACAACCGAGACAGAGCUUUGCGACGAAGACGAGUUCCUCAUUCUUGCUUGCGAUGGGCUUUGGGAUGUGACGACUGAUCAAGCUGCCGUGGAUCUGAUUCACGGCCAAGAGGACGCCCAGGUUGCCAGUCAAAUGCUGCUGAAGGACGCGUUGGACAAUCACACGUCAGACAACGUCACUGUGCUUGUCGUCAAGUUCAAGCGAGGGUAGGAUGUAGUGUUACCGCCACUGUAAUAAUGCUUGUAUAGUCUGUACUGUAAACAGGAAACUCUUAUUUUGGCUCUA